CGUCUUUGUAUUUACAGUAUAGAAUAACUCCCUUAUGACCAUGGCCUACAAUAAGCCUUUACUGUUCUUGGCAAUAUUGUUGGCAGUUCCCAAUGUAUGGUCCUUGUUUACGCCAGAGACGGAUUCACUUUGCAAAAUAUCAUUGUAUUCUCGCAAGCCAUGUUCGUCUCUGCCGCUCACACGGGAAUCAUGCGUCGCAAGAGGUUGCUGCUACGAUGCGAGGGUGACUUAUGGCAGGUGUUAUAGACGAAGUAGAAAACCUGUGAUGUUAUUUGGGCCAACCAGACUUCCAAGAGUAACAUCUGCAAAUCCACGAACAGGUUUCAAUGGGGAUAAUGUUUCUACUGAAGAUAAUGUAGUUAUGGACUAUAUAAUUGGAAGGGUUCUUGGAUCAGAUUAUAACAGAAUCAAGUUGAUUGAAUCGUACAGAAGAACGAAUGCACCGAAUAUAGGAGUUAAAUCAAAUCUACAAAACGUUGGGGGUGAACCAGGAUAUUCUGGAUCAAAGUUUCUUAAAACUUGCAAUCCAAUACAAUAUGAAAAAAGAUGUGGAAAUUCAUUCUAUGCAACAGAAUAUUCCUGUGAGAGAUGGAAUUGCUGUUGGGACAAUGUAACACGUGCAUGCUACCAUGCUGUUAAUAAUGUUCUUCGUUUGCGGCCAAGUUGUUCCCCAGGUUUCACCAACCCUCCUCAAUGUAAUGAUAUUAAUGAAUGUCUCUCCAACCCGUGUAUUAACGGAGGAAUUUGUAUCAACCUAAUCAACUCCUAUCAAUGCCAAUGUCCACAACCUGCAGUUGGACCAAACUGCCAGUUACCUUGUGAUAGUUCUCCUUGUCUCAACAAUGGAGGUUGUAACAAUGUUAUGUCUUCAUACACUUGUACAUGCGCUCCUGGUUUUGUUGGCAGUCGAUGUGAAACAGCCAGCACCAGCUGCUCCCCAAAUCCCUGUGUAAAUGGAAGGUGUAUAAAUGGUGUCAACUCAUAUACUUGCACGUGCAACCCUGGGUGGCAAGGAACCAACUGUGAUUCAAAUAUCAAUGAUUGCUCUCCAAAUCCUUGCAAAAAUGGAGCUUGUAUGGAUGGUGUCAACUCAUAUACAUGUACAUGUACAACAGGAUGGCAAGGGACUAACUGUGAUUCAAAUAUUGACGAUUGUUUACCAAAUCCUUGUGUAAAUGGAGCUUGUACAGAUGGUGUGAACUCAUAUACAUGCGCAUGCAAUGCUGGAUGGCAAGGAACUAAUUGUGAUUCAAAUAUUGAUAAUUGUUCACCGAAUCCAUGUGUGAAUGGAGCUUGUAUGGAUGGUGUCAACUCGUAUACAUGCACAUGUACUUCUGGAUGGCAAGGGACUAACUGUGAUUCAAAUAUUGACGAUUGUUCUCCAAAUCCUUGUGUAAAUGGAGUUUGUACAGAUGGUGUCAACUCAUAUACAUGUGCAUGCAAUGCUGGAUGGCAGGGGGCUACCUGUAAUUCAAAUGGAAACAAUUGUUCACCAAAUCCUUGCCUAAAUGGAGCAUGUACUGAUGGUGUCAACUCGUAUACUUGCGCUUGUACUGCUGGGUGGCAAGGAACCAACUGUGAUACAAAUAUCAAUGAUUGCUCUCCAAAUCCUUGCAAAAAUGGAGCUUGUAUGGAUGGUGUCAACUCAUAUACAUGCACAUGUACAACAGGAUGGCAAGGGACUAACUGCGAUUCCAAUAUUGAUGACUGUUCACCAAAUCCCUGCAAAAAUGGAGCAUGUACUGAUGGUGUCAACUCCUAUACAUGUGCUUGUACUACUGGGUGGCAAGGAACAAACUGUGAUACAAAUAUUGACGAUUGUUUACCAAAUCCUUGCGUAAAUGGAGCUUGUACAGAUGGUGUCAACUCAUAUACAUGUGCGUGUACUACUGGCUGGCAAGGAACCAACUGUGAUUCAAAUAUUGAUGAUUGCUCACCAAAUCCCUGCAAAAAUGGAGCUUGUACCGAUGGUGUCAACUCAUAUACAUGUGCUUGUACUACUGGGUGGCAGGGGACCAACUGUGAUUCAAAUAUUGAUGACUGUUCACCAAACCCUUGCAAAAAUGGAGUUUGUACAGAUGGUGUCAACUCCUAUACAUGUGCUUGUACUGCUGGGUGGCAAGGAACCAACUGUGAUUCAAAUAUUGACGAUUGUUCUCCAAACCCUUGCAAAAAUGGAGCUUGUACUGAUGGUGUCAACUCAUAUACAUGUGCUUGUACUACUGGGUGGCAGGGAACCAACUGUGAUUCAAAUAUUGACGAUUGUUCACCAAAUCCUUGCGUAAAUGGAGCUUGUACCGAUGGUGUCAACUCAUAUACAUGUGCGUGUACUACUGGCUGGCAAGGAACCAACUGUGAUCAAGAUAUUAAUGAAUGUUCCGAGUCCAAUAAUUGUGCAGUUUGCGUCAAUCGAGUUCCACUAUAUUUUUGCCUUUGUGAAUCUGGAAGUUAUGAAGGAAUCUUAUGCAGAUGGGCAAUUAUAGGUUCAACAACCUACCGAGUCCCUGCCACAACAACAGCAACCAGUUACGCUGCAGCAAACACAAUAUGUGCGGGCCUUGAUGAAGGUGGUGGUUACCUUGGUGAACCAACGUCUACAAACCUUCCAACCAUCCUCACUAAAGUUGUUGCACGUAGCACGUUCGUUAGCGGAUACAUGUGGAUCAAUGUCGUUCGUAGUUCAGGUUCGACUUGGAACUUUGGAAAAAGUAACACGGUUGCUACAACCAACUUUGAAUCUGAAGCCAACGUAGUGAAUAACUGCGCUGUGAUGAGAAUAUCUGAUUUCAAAUGGAUUAUUGUAUCUUGUACUUCAUUCACUGCUGAUGUGUUUUGUGAAAGAGCAAUCACUGGAAAAACAACAUCACCCUAGCUUGUAAAAGUUUUUUUUUGCCAUUUUGAGAUUUUAUCUUCUAUGCCACACUUUAUCAUGAAAAUAUCUGUACAUAAUGUCUGAAAUGAUAUGAGUUUUGAUUUUUUGCUAUUUUAAUAAAAUUCUCUGACAAUUUGUCA